AUGCAUUGCUGGGGACUGUCUCCCCGCUAUGUGCUAGCACGGUGCGCCCCUCCGUGCGCAAUAUUAUUCAAUCUAUGCCGUCCCGCAUUCACUUGAAGAUUACCGCAAACAGGAUUGUGUUUGGCUUUCUGCUAUUGUUAUACCAAACAAAUCGUAGGCUGGGCGAUAGAAAUUGUAUGGUGUAGUCUGUGUGUUUGUCUCGCCGAAUUCACGGAGCUGGUGCUAGUAAUUAUGUAAACCUUAGCAUGACAAUGAAGGGCUGCGUGUUGUUGUAGUAGUGUUCGUGUUUACAAAUAUUCGCACAGACAACAGUGUGGCCUCGACUUCCAUCCAACAAGCAGCGAUUGCAGACUUAGAUGCGACAUUCUUCUCAGCCUCAUUGCCGCAGCAGUCUUCCAGUAAUUUCAGCAGACAAAGGACCUCGUCUCAGGAGAAUCAAUGCCUACAGCCGUCCUGCUUUCAGAGCGUAGAUAGACUCAAUCUACGCAACAGAGAUUGUAUGUUAAACGAAAACACAACACAUUUCCUGGAAUACAGGAACCACCCGAGGACAUUAUCGUCAUCGUCGAUAUCAUCACUGUCAUCCUCGUCAUCGUUCUCAUCAUCAGAAACAUUACUCAGCCCUGCCUUGUGUUCACUAGACUCUGUCCCAGAAGUUGCGCCCCAGCAGUCCAACUUCAACUUCUCCUACAUCCAAAACUGCACAACAUUCCUGCACAGCCCUGAGCUCACAGCCGCAGUAGACUGUAACAACAACAACAACAGUGCUUACAUCAACUGCGACAACAUCUCUUCUGACCUUCGAGACCUCGACCCAUAUAACUUUCUGGAAAACAGCGACAGUCCCAGCCUCAACAACACCCCCCACAGUACCCACACCAACCCCCAAAUGGAAGGACAUUGCUACAACCUCCUGCCCCCAGUACAGACAUUGCUUUACGUCAACAAGGGCAGCUACAAUGACCCCCAGCUUUUCCCCUACAACUACCCAGAAGAGGAGGAGGACCUCAACACUGACAGCAUCAGUGGCAGCAGCUACAGCAGCACAGAGGAUGAGAGUGUUCAGUUCAUAGAGCUCAAUCCCUUAAAUCACAUAACAGAUGACAGACCGUUUUAUGACAUAACAAGCAUAUACCCAGAUGAAUAUCAAACCCCCAGCCCAGGAUCAGAUGGAUAUGAAAGUACAGUUGAAACAGCACACCAUGAAAUUUGUUUUAGACAGACGCUAGAAAGCUGCAAACAGCCUCAGUGGGAUACAAGCUUUGAUGGAUCUCCAUGUUCAGACGAGGGCUUUGAUGAGCCUGCACUUCCAGAAGACCACUUGCCGGACUUCAGACAACUUCAGCCUCUUUCAGAACCCCCUGUGAGAAACCCAGGUAGUCACGUUUCUAUGUCCAGCUUUAAGAAAAAGGAAAGACAAAUUUCCAGAGAUUCUCCGUCGACCAUCGAAAAAGAGAGACGUAAGCCUGGCAGGAAACCUGGCCAAGUUUCAAAUGUGCUUCAUCUGUGGGAGUUCAUGAGAGACCUCCUGAGGAGUCCACACAGCCAUGGAAUUAUUGAAUGGGUCUCCAAGCCAGAGGGAGUUUUCCGUGUGGUCAACUCCACUGAGGUUGCUCGCUUGUGGGGAGAGAAGAAGAAAAACAAGAAGAAGAUGACAUAUGAAAAAUUAAGCAGAUCACUCAGGUAUUCACGGUUAGAGGGUUAUUUCUCUGAACUCCCUAAAGAUAAAAACUACCCUAAAAAACUUUGUUUCAAGUUUGGCCCCAAAUCCAACAACUGGCACUAGUGGAUGUGAUGCCCUCCCUCAUGGAAACAAGAACCAUGUGUGGUGGUCACCCACCUCAGAAUGUAGAUCUGUACAAAACUUGCCUUCACUCAAGUAUCAAGAUGUUUCACUUCUCAUUUCAUCAGGAAGUGUUUGAAGUGUCAUGGGUCUGUUGUCUGUACAACUGCUCUGUUGACCUUCAGCCAAUACAACUUGUUUUGGUUUAAACAGAACUGUUUUCUACGCACUUUUGUUACAUGAAAAUCAAAUCUAAUCUUAAGAAAGAUAAAUUAUUCAUGUUACAUCGAACAGGCUGCUGUUGUACAGUUGUCGUGUAUAUUUACAAAUCUCUAAUUGCCUCAAAGUUUAAACUAGAAUCAAGUGUUCCACUGUUCAUUUGUAAAUGUCAUUGAUCCUGAAUUUUAUUUCAAAUGCCUUGCAUGUUAAGAUUUUUAUGUUUUUCACAUGGGUACGUGUGAGAGAUGUGGUACAUACACCAUUACGCUUGUGAUGUAAAAUUGGCCUUGUAAUUCUGGUUUAUUGUAGCUGCUCUGUUCUGCAGCUGUAGUUAGCCACACUUAUGUAUGUGCUUGGCUGUAAAGAUUUAUUGUACAAGUUUAAUUGUGUAGCUUAGAGUGCUUACUUUUAGAUGCACUGGUUCAACUUACGUUCAAUGUCAAAUGUUUUUAAUUGUAAUUGAGCCUCUUAUUAUGUUAAUUUGACAUCUUUUGCUACUUAAUUUUCAUUUAGAAUCUGAUGCAAGAUAUUUAGGGUAACAUUAUUUUUAAACCUGUAAAUCUUAAACUUUAGAGUUUUUAAUCCGAAUUUAGAAAAAGUUAAUUUUGAAGUAAUCAAAUGUAAAUAGUCUUUUAGGCCUUCUUAUUAAGUUUAAUUUCUUUUUUAUCAUAUACAUUUCUUUCAAGAUAAUAAUUAUCAUAAUUAAUUAGAUUCUAAUUUAUAUUUCCUUUUAUCUAAAACUUUAUUUUACAAUUGAAUCGUGUAUUGUUUUGUCUAAAUGAAGUGAUACCACUUAUUUUAAAAAAAAUUCCUAGUGGAGACAUACUUGACUUUUGUGAUAAAAGAUUUUUACUCUGGUAGCAUCAGUUCUAUUUUGAGAGAUAUUUUUACGUACUAGAAAAAAAAAUUCCUUACUUCUGUGAUUACAUCACCUUCUUGGUGUUACACUCUGUUUAUGUGUAGAUGUUCUUUUACACUCUGUUUAUGAUGUGUAGCUGUGAGAGAUGUACGAAUAGCACAUAAUGAUUAUACGCUACACGCUAAUGAUAAGCUUUUUGUUUUCCCUUGUAUUUAAUGCUCAGCCAAAAUUCUGGAUUUUGUCUUGUUGAGUCCCCCAUGGCUAAAAAAUGUUUUCAUAUCUCAGCAUAAUACAACUUACAUUAUUUGUACAGGUACAUUUUUUAUUUAUCAUUGUAUAUAGAAGAAAUAAGACCUAAACCACCUAUUUCCGCAAGUCUGUGUUUGCUUGACUGAGACAAGAUUUCUGUGGAUUUGGAGUGAGCUACAUCUUGUUUGAAAGCUUAGCUUUGUUAUUUAAGCCAAAUGUAUUUUUAAAUCUCUUUUUAUCACCAGCUGAGGCUUGUAUUAUCUCUUGACAAAUUUCUAUGCAAAGCGUGUGAUCGUCAUGGGCACACAUUGAAACUUGUUUUUACGAAAAACAUUCCAAUCCACUAUUCUUUCACUCAGCCAACAUAUUUCAACUUUACAUCUGUAUUUUUUUAUUUGCUUGAUACUUCCAUCUCUGAACCUUUAGAAAUCUGUGUAGAGUUUUUUUGAAAAACUAAACCUGAGAAAUUUCUGGAAGUUUCUUUGUGGUUUUGUUGCUUCACUUUCAUGCUAUACUGCUGUACCACACUUGUAUAGUUCUCUCUAUAACAUGCUCUACUUGACAUUUAGAUGCCAGGAUAGUACUUGUCAUUGACAUUUAAGUAACAGUAAUUGACAUGUUGAUGACAUUUUAGUAAAGAUAGUUGACAUGUUGAUGACAUUUUAGUAUAGAUAGUUAUGUUGACGACAUUUAAGUAUAGAUAGUUGACAUGUUGACGACAUUUAAGUAAAGAUAGUUGACAUGUUAAUGACAUUUAAGUAUAGAUAGUUGACAUGUUAAUGACAUUUAAGUUAAGAUAGCUGACAUGUUGAUGACAUCAAAGAUAUUUGACCAGACGAUCACCUGACUCUGUCCUCUGCCCACCUCCAUGUAGAGAUGACUGUACAUAACGCUUGCCCUUUCACCUAUCUCUCUCUACUGAUUUCAUGAAAGAAAGAAAUUUACAAGCAGCAAUAAACACUUUAUAAAAAUAU